AAACUUCGCUGGGGGUUGGAGAAGUUGUUCUUGAAGCCAUCAGCCUAAAGUGAGGUAGACAGGCGAUCUGUGCCACCUUCCACCUGGCUACAUACAUUUAACCCCUGAGUCCCACUGCUCACCUCGCUCAUCUGUGACAUCCACUCAGGUAGGUGACCCCUCGGCUCUUUGUCUCCUGUUGGUCUUAUUCUUCAGCGGAUACCAGACUAUGAUCCAGUUGAUCUAGUAAAGAAUAUCUGUCUUAUGAAAACAUAAUUAUGUUCUAUAAUUAUGUUGUAUUUAUCUUUCACUCGUGAGCUUUCACCUCCGGCCAUUUAUCGUUUGAUUGACUGUGACUUGUGGAGCUAUGAGAGGUGAGGACUUGGGUGGAGGGUGACAGAGAUUAUGUUAACCUUUUCAAUGAAAUAGAUUAUAGAGUUUUCUUGAACUUAAGUGUUUUAUUUCGAUUUUCUCCUCCAAUAUAUUACCAUGGGUCUGUGUGACUGAGUGAUACAAUUAAUUAGAAUCAAUUAUCAUGCUUUCAGGUAACUCUGGGUUCAAUUAAUUUAAAUUAAAUUAAAUCCUAUUUAUGUUAUAUGUAUAAAUUGUACUAAAUGCUGACCCAUUAAUCUUUCAGUUAGGAUAAAUACACGUUAAACCUCGAGUUAAUUUACAAUGUGAAGCUUAUUUCUGAAAAGCUGUUUACUUUAAAAUGAUAAAAUAUAUUGUGAUAAUAUUAUUGUGAUUAUAGAUGAUUGUUUCAAUUUUUGAAUUUCUCAGUACAAUCUUAUUUGAUCGGCUCUCCAUAACAUGCUGUCUCUCUGAAUCUGCUGUUUCUAUAUUUGUCACAUUUCUAGUCUAACAGAUUUCUAAUAAUCAGAUGAGAUUAUGGUCAUGUUGUUUCAGCAGAGCUAUAUAUAUUUAGCAUUAUAAUAAUGCUGUCUAUCUGAUUUUCUCAGACUUUAUCAGACACUAUCAGCCUCUUGUCUUUCCUCUCCUCCUUCCUCUAAAGAUAUGCAGCAAGAGUGGCCUUGUCUGCUUUUGUAAUUCUCAUAAUAUUGCUGUUGGCAUUCUGCACUUUCAUUAUUUAUUUCAGUCUUGUCAGUUUUUUUAAAUCAGUCAUUUUUAAUAUUUUUAAAGGGCAGCAAAUGGGCUUUUCAUCUCAAGGACUAAAACGUGUAUCAUAACAUUUGUUUAGUUAUUACAUCCCUCACACACUGAGAAGGCUGGUGUGAAAUGUCACACAAUCUUCGAAACAGUGUGUUAGAGGUUGCUGCUAAUACUUUCACUUAGAAAAAAAACUUUUUGUGUUGUUUUGAGUGCUGUUUGUCCACCCUGUAUAGGGCGUCCCUGAGGGCAUAUCUUUUGCAUUCUUCUAACUGGCACACCUAUUGUAGAAAGGCCACUGAGUAACCGUUUGGUCACUGGCUGCAUCACUACAUUAAUAGACUCAGUUAUUUUUAGUGUUUACUUUCAGCCACAGUCAAAUGAGGAUCCUAGAAAAGGAAGUUUGAAGAAGCCUACUGUCGAGAGAUCGUGUCCCUGAUAACUUCAAGUUACAUUGGUUGUUAUGAAGUGAAGUGUGGUGGUGAUAAUGUAUCUGCUUCAAUCAAAGUGACAGUAAAUCAGACACAGUUAAUUGUGGCAUAUAUUUCAAUUCAAAAUACAAAAUCUGAUUUCAGCUUUUAGUUUUUUUAGAAUAAUGCUGACAGGAUGCAUUUGGCAGAAAUCUCAAUUUCUCACACCCCUAGUGCUAUAGGUUGAGGUUUCAUCUGUCAGAAUGGAGGAUUCGUCAGAGCAGUCCCACUGGGUGUCUCCAGCUCUGCUCAGCUCAGAUCCCCUGGCUGGUUUCUCCACUGAGCCCGGCCUUCUUCCUCCAGGAGAAGAAGGAGAGGCCUUUUUCUCAAGCCAGGACACAGACUACACCAGCCUGCCCUCUUUCUUCUCCAACCCGAGCUACAGCCGAGCGCCACCCACCUACAGACACAGCUCAGUUCGACAGGUGUUCACCUCACCGAGCCUCCUCAGCAACCUGCAGCUGCUAGACGGGCCAGGAAACCACUCCCUGAGCUCACCCUACAACCCCCCGGCCUCCACCUGGAGCAGCAGCCCCCUCAACAAGACCCCGCUGCACUCACACACCCCAACCUCCCUCUACACCCCCUGCGUCACUUCCUCCUUCACCACCUCCAGAGACGGAUACUUUUCUCCGAGCAGAGAGGGCAGGGAGAGCCCCCGGCUUCAGGAGGCCCUGAAGGCCGAGCGCCUGAGCCCGUUGGGGGGGUCGGGGGCCAGCAGCAGUUUUCUGAAUCUGACUCCUGCUGCUGGUAGUGUGUACACUCCGUCAUCCCACUCCCACCCACACAUGCUGAGCCCCUACAGCACGUACAUGACAGGUCCACAAGAGUACAACUCUGCUGCCCUGUACUCCAGCCCUGGAGCAUGGAUCAGCCCCUCAUACUCCCCUAAACUUCGCAAUAAGAUGAGAAUAUCCACUCCAGAGGCCAGAGAGUGUGUUAACUGUGGAGCCACAGCUACCCCUCUGUGGCGUCGGGAUGGUACGGGCCACUACCUGUGUAACGCCUGUGGACUGUACCACAAGAUGAACGGCCAAAACAGACCACUAAUCCGACCCAAGAAGAGACUGAUUGUCAGCAAGCGGGCAGGUACACUGUGUGCCAACUGUCACACAAGCACAACGACACUGUGGAGGCGCAAUGCCAACGGAGAGCCUGUGUGUAAUGCUUGUGGACUCUACUUUAAACUGCACAAUGUCAACCGGCCCCUCGCCAUGAAGAAGGAAGGCAUUCAAACGCGCAACAGAAAAGUGUCCAACAAGAACAAGAAGAGCAAGAAGGCCGCCAUGUUCGAGUCGUACUCGGAUGUGACUCAGCAUCCUUCCGGGGACGACAAUUGCGGGUCAUUUUCCCUCGGCCCCGGGACUCUCCUCACCUACAGCAACACACCGCACCUGCAUCCCUCCGCCUCUUUACAAUACACACACCACCUCAACAAUGGCAUGAUGCCCACACUGGUGUGAAAUAACAAUAAAUGGACACCUGAAAGCUGGGUAUAUUCAGGAAUCAGUACGCUUGCUUGCCAGUUAUGUGUGUGAAUUUGUACAUAUAUGUGUUUCUACGUUGGAUGACUGGAGUUUUCUAUUCAUUGUCACUGUAUUUUAGUAGAUAUUAUCUUGAUCAAGUUUGUUUGCAGUCAGAUAAAAUCACUCUAGUGAGAUUGCUGCACAUGUAAACACACUGAUAAGGGGAUUUUUUCAGCUGUAAAUACACUGACUGUCCAAGUCUUAAUCCCUCGUCUAUUAUUCAUAAUGUGAAAUCAUACUUUGGUUUUGUGUUACACAAGUCUCUUUUGUAUUUGCAAAAUUGAUAUUAUAUUGAAACUCUACAGAGGAAAUAAUAAAAUGUGUGACUUAUUCUGUUGGA